AUGUCUCAAAUUAGGCAUUGUAGAAUAUGCAAUAAAACUCAUAAAUACAAAAUUAAAGGUCUUUUGUCCUUCCCGAAGCACUUUGUUGACAAAACUAUCCACAAAUAUUAUUAAAGUUUAAUGAAAAAAAUUGAUUAACACUAAAUCUAAUAGGUUUCAUUGUCUGAAAAUUAUAUUUGCUACAUUCUGGAGAAUGACAUAUGUAAACAUUGUUGGCUAUUCAUGCAUCAGGGAUUCUUAUGUUAGAAGUGCUAAAUCUACAAUAAUAAUACUAAUAAGGAAUCUAAGAUUUGCUGUUUGUGCAAUACAUAAUAUUGCAUAAAUUGUUAAAACCAAUUAGAUUUAUUUUCUCAAAAUAAACUAUGUGAAAACUGUCAAUUAAAUAAGGAUGAAUAAUUUGGAAUACCUUGCUUUUUAUUUUCAUUUUUAAUAAUUAUGAUUCCUUGCUUUGCUUUUAUCUUAAUUGUAAAAUUGAUGCUAAAAAGAAUACAAAAAUUUAAUUAUUCCACUAUCCAAUAAAAUUUGAUCAUUAUUGCCUUUUUUAUAGCGUUCCCACUCCUUUACAUUCUUUCAAACCUUGGUCUCCUCAUUUUAUGGAUAGGCAAGAUAUCUAAAUUGACACUUGAAUAAAUGCAAAAAUCACAGAAAGUUAAAAUGAUCUGUAAAUGUUUUUGUGUAGAUAAAUCUAAAUGAUUUAUUAUUAUUAAUGAAUAAGUAUUCAUAUUUCUAUACAAGUUAUACUAAUUUAAUUAUAUUUUUGGCCAAAAUAUGACCAAAUAUUCAACAUUAAGAAAACUAUUUGUGUAUUUUAUUUUGGAAGGUAAAUAAAAUAUCUUUGAAAUUUAGGGAUGAGGAAAAGGUACUUAACGUGUUAUUGCUAACAAAAUUAAAAUUAUGUUCACCCUGUCUGCAGAAUGAUUAUUGA